AUGUCAGAACAUUUUUUAACUGUGAAUGGAAUUCAUAAGAAAAAGGGAAUGAUAAAAACAUAUUCGUUUACAACAGAUGAUGACGACGUCAAACCUGGAACUGAUUCGCCAUUAAUUAGCAAUCAUGACAAGUCAUUACCACAAGUAUCGCCGACAAAUGAGAAUGUAUCAAGUGAAAGUGAUGAAUCUCGUUCGAAUGCAAGAUUGCAGAAUCACAAAUCACUACGGCAAAAAGAAUCGACGAAAAUGAAUCCAAAACGAGCUAUCUCAUCGAACAAAUCUGACCAAUCAAAAUCAGUUGAUCUGAAAACGAUUUUGUUACUUCUUGGAACGCUCGUUUUUCUUUAUUUUACCUGGACUAAACGAGAUAUUUGGAUAUCUCGUUUGAUAUUAUCUUCCCGUAUCAAAACGAAUCAUGCCCACAUCAUACAAACCCCGACGAAGCCACCAAUGAAUGUUCCGGAUGGCAAAUCUGAACCAAACGAACAACCGGUGAUAACAUCAACGAAAAGCAACACUUCCGAUCAUGCGACCAUAAAAAUACGCAGAACAAAAAUGACAUUCGAUACCGACUCACCGAAAAAGAAACUUGCUUACGUAUCGGAACGUUCUCCUGACGAGACGAAACCGGUUAUUUCAGUAAAACAUCAUUCACCAACGCUUUCAACUACAAAGCAAAACUCUCAUUGUUAUCGUCCGUUGAAUUCUUCUACAGAUUAUUUAACUUACACAGAAACUAUUCGACUGAUUCGAACGAAUUUAACAUCAAAAACUGGCCAUCGAAGUAUUUUACCGACGGUAAUGACAAAGACUGGUUUGAAUAAAGAUCAAUUAUACCGAUUUCUUUACAAGAAAAACGAUAAUGUUUUAUCAUUAGAAACCUUCCUUUCGCUCUUAGAUAUAUUUGAUAUGCAAAUUUUUAUUCAAUCAAAAUAA